UGACUACAAUGGCAGGUUCCGCAUUGCUUGUGGUUGCAUUUGACUUUGGCACAACAUACAGUGGCUACGCUUUUUCGUUGCGGGACAAACCGUUAAACGUACAGACUAAUCAAGGAUGGAUCGCUGGAAGUGAUCAGCUUAUUUCUUUGAAAACACCAACAUGUGUCCUUCUCGAUCCAAAUGGGCAGUUCGACUCGUUUGGAUAUGAAGCAGAAAAUCACUUUGCUACCCUUGCCGAAGAUAAUGAGCACAUAGGCUGGCGUUUGUUUCGUAGAUUUAAAAUGAUUCUUCACAAGAAUGAGGAUCUAUCAAGAUCGACUACCGUUGAAGACAUAAACGGAAGAUCAAUGCAAGCAAUGACAAUCUUUACAAUGUCAAUAAAGUAUCUGAAACAACAUUUCACUACGACGAUCAACAAACAAAAGACCGGGAUAGUUGACACAGACAUACAGUAUGUUUUAACUGUACCUGCCAUAUGGAAUGAUAAUGCAAAGCAGUUCAUGCGCGAAGCAGCAGAAAAGGCUGGCAUAGAAAAGGCACGUCUAAAACUAUCUUAUGAACCAGAAGCAGCAUCUAUUUGGUGUCAGACAAUUACUACAGAUGUACAGGAGACAUGGUCUAAAGUAGGGAGACAAUACAUGGUGAUCGAUCUCGGAGGAGGUACUGCAGAUAUAUCAGUACAUGAGAAACAAAUCGAUGAAACAUUAAAGGAACUCCAUAAAGCAAGUGGUGGUCCAUGGGGAGGAAUAAUUGUUGACAACAACUAUUUAGAAUGGCUGACCAAGAUAUUCGGGAAUACCACAAUGCAAAAAUUUACAAGUAAGCAAAUGGAAGACUACUUUCAAAUGCUUAGGGAUUUCGAAAUAAAAAAGCGUUCUGUCACUCCCGAAUUAAAGGGGAAAUUUACAUUUAGACUGUUUUCAUCAAUAAAAGAGCUUUAUCAGGAGAGUAACAUGCCUCCAUUAGGGAAAAGAGUUGCCGAUCUUGGAUUGUCCGGAAUGGUUACAUUUUCUAGCGACAAAUUGAGAGUUGAUGUUUCUGUAGUUAAACAAUGGUUUGAAACUCCUAUCAAUAGCGUGAUUGAGCAUGUACAACAUAUUCUUGCAAAACAGAAUAUGCAAACAGUCGAAACAGUUCUUUUAGUUGGUGGAUUUGGCGAGUGUAAAUUAGUCCAAGACCUGAUACAGAGAGAAUUAAAGUCCAAGAAAAUCAUUAUCCCAGAAGAGGCAGGUCUUGUCGUUCUCAAAGGUGCAGUGCGGUUUGGACAUUAUCAGGAUACUGUACGUUCAAGAAUAAUGACCCACACUUACGGGAUGGCUACCUUUCAAAAUUUUGAUGAGCAAAAACAUAAAAAUGCAGAAGUAAAAUUCAUAAAUGGUAAGAAAAAGGCUUGCAAUGUCCUAAGAACAAUUAUACAGGCUGGAGAAGAGGUUAAUAUUGGAAAAUGUGUAUCUAAAGGUCCAUACACACCAACCGACCCUGACGAAACGACAAUUUGUGUAUACUGUACAGAAGAAAUGUAUCCCGAAUAUUCAACAGAUGUGGGUUGCAAACACAUUGGUACACUAAAAGUUGCACAUGCAAAUGGUUUAUCGAAAGACGAUAAUAGUCUGCAGGCUUCCUUCAUAUUUGGUGAUACCGAACUGCUUGUGAAAGCUGUAAAUAUCAAAACGAAGGAAGAAUUUUCAACGUAUAUGGACUGUCUGUAA